AUGCAGCUCACCACGCUCCUCGCUCUCCUCGGCGUCGCCACGCUGGCCGCCGCCUACGACCCCGUGUACGUCAAGUACCCGAGCGGCUACAACGUCGACUCGUACUGCAAGGCCUGGCGCUGCGCCUGCGUCAACUACGUGCCGCAGGACACGGGCCUCGAGUUCCGCAGCUUCGACUGCCGCCCGCCCAAGCUGGCGCGCCAGCAGGGCCAGGUCAUCGCCGCCUGCCACUUUGUGCACACCAACGGCGCGCAGCCGGAGGAGGUCGACCCCAACAAGCACAUCGCUGCUGCGACGGGCGGCACCAUCGUGUAG